AUGGAGCACAAACGCAAGCGGCUCUCGUACGCAUGCAAUUUCUGCCGCCAGAGGAAGACGCGGUGCGAUGAAGAACAUCCCUCAUGCCGCAACUGCCGGGUCGCCGGGGUGCAGUGCAUCACAACUGACAAGCGUCAUGCCGGGGUGAUAGUGACCAGCCGGCGACGGAUCAGUUCAAGUCCCAGUACGAGCACGGCUCUGAGCACAGCUACGGGCGCGGCGGCGACGCCCGUAGAGAAAACGGUCCUCAGAACGCCUGUCUCUCUGAGCCAAGCGUCUCCACUGCCUGCAGCAAGCCCAGGGCUGCGGCCGCCGACACAAUGCUGGGACCGGACUGGCUGGCGCAGCGGACGGCUGCCCAUGAUGCCGCGGUUCCUAGGAGGGUGUAUGUUUGAGAUCAUGACCGAAUGGCUGGACCUCGCCUUCUAUCGACUCCGAAUCCCUGCCCCGUACCCUGCGCCGGCUCAGUUAGCCGCGUCGGCGUCUGUACCGGUGUCGGUACUGCAGUCUGCGCCAGAUCUGCCGCCGGGUCAGGAAAGGCGGAUAUUGAGCGAGAGGUUCCUGCAGACUGUCUGCUCGGUGUUUCCGUUCGUGAGCGCGAGCGAGGUGUACAGCCUCUGCGACCCCCGCACUGACACUGCAUGGCCAGUCUCUGGGCAGGCACUGGCCUACUUGAUUGCGGCCACCGCGCUCAUGGCAGGGUAUGCGCAGCCCCAGUCAGCACCGGCAGUCUACCUCAGCUACUGCAACAGCCUGCUCGGCCACAUGGUGGCCGAGCGGAGCCGGCAGGCUGUGCAGGCCAUCCUGCUCCUGGCCAUCGCCCUACGGAGCUGUGACCAGAUCGCCUGGGCUUGGGACAUUCUCGGCUUGGGCGUAUCAAUGGCACAGUCAAUCGGCAUCAACCAGACCCACUCAGAACCCGAUUCGACAUGGUGGUGUCUGUACGUGUUUGAGAAGAUCCUCGCCUUCGAGAGCGGACGUGCCUCAAUGAUAUGGGACCGCGAGCUAUUGCGCCCUGUCCAAGUAGCCGAGGAGGACGAGCCGGGCAAAAGGUACAGGCAGGCGUGCAUCAGCCUCGCCAACAUGCUGCACGAGCUUCAGGAUCGGGCAGCGGGUGCAUGGCGGAGAGAGGAGUGGUUGCCACAAACUGUCGAUGAGGCCAUCAAAGAGAAGGUUCACACUGGAGGAGAGCUGGCGACUCUCCUUGAGGAGUGGUGGGAAUGUCUACCGGCUGAAUAUCGCACCGGGCCAUUCUCUCAGCAGUCGGCCUUUUUGACGUUCUAUUAUCGCUACGCACUCAUCCUCCUCAAUCGGAGCGUCCUGUUAAUUGAGAAGUCAGAGAUCCGCGAGGUCACUGACCGCUACGCCUCUGGCAAGCCAUGGCAGCAUCGCCUCAUCAACGGGGCAGGGGUCUGCGUCGAGGCGGCCAGAGAGAUGGUCAAGCUGACCGUCGCCAUGGUCGACUCUGGAUGCCCGACCUAUCUGACGGCGUUGACUUCACCCCUCAGCGCAGUCUAUGCCCUGGCCGUGCACAUCUUUAGAGAGAGAAAUUCUCUUCUCGUCCGGUCUGAUUUCGAGUACGACAGUAUUACCGCCGCCUGA